UGUUUCCGCUCUUUUUGACGAACGCAACGAGAAUAACUAAAUUUAUAAAACUAGCCAGUAAACACGAGUACCACAGUACGAAUGUCGCCGCCACUCGCGAUGUAAAAUCAAUGACAUCGACUGACUAGUUUUUGAAUGUGUAAACAAUGCUUUAAAUCGAGAAACAAGCGCUAUUGUUUAUGUUUAUUUUCGUUUUUGCUCAAGAAAAGUGAUUCAAAAUGGACUGUUUUGAUAGUUGUGUAAAGUGUUUGGUGUUGUUUUUAGUGUUAACUAAUAUAGAAUCAAGUUUAAGUCAAAACUGUCAGUCUAAACAGACUUGCGGACAGUGUAUACAGGAAUUAGGGUGUUUCUGGUGUGGUCAACCGGUAAAUGGUUCCUACUGUUUAUCAACAGUUCAAGAUUCACUAUGUCGAUCUCGUGAGAAAGAGAACCCAAGGUCCUCUUUUCAAAUACUAAAAAAUGGUGAACUGUCAGAAUCUCAACAGAUCAGGCCUCAAAGAGCUAGACUGUCAUUGAGGAAGAACGAGAAAUAUGAAAUCAAACUCCAGUAUCAACAAAGUGUGAAUUAUCCAAUAGAUUUGUACUACGUGAUGGACUUGUCAUUUUCAAUGUUAUCCUCUAAAGAAAGAGUUGGUACAUUGGGACAAACGAUAGCCAAUGAAAUGAGGAAGAAAUCUAACAAUUUCAAGAUUGGGUUUGGCAGUUUUGUGGACAAACUGUCCUUACCAUACGUUAAUACCAACCCAAGCGCUUUAAAAAAUCCCUGUUCCAACAAUUAUCAAUGUGAGUCGCCGUACAGUUUCAAAAAUCACUUGCCCAUGACUGACGAUCCCAGGCAAUUUUCGGACGUAGUGACCAAAACUCGAAUAUCUGGAAAUAUGGACACUCCAGAAAGUGGAUUCGAUGCCUUGAUGCAAGCCAUGGUGUGCGAUAAUAUAGGAUGGAGACUUGAAGCUAGACAUCUCUUGAUAAUGUCAACAGAUGCAGUGUCACAUAUCGCAGGAGACGGCAAACUUGGAGGCAUCAUUGAACCAAACGAUGCACAGUGUCACUUAGAAAGAGAUGCCAAGGAUAAUACAGAUACCUAUACUAAGGAUUUAGUCUAUGACUAUCCUUCGGUAUCUCACAUUAACUACAUAGCUAGAAAGAAUAAUAUCAAUAUUAUUUUUGCCAUAAUCACGAAAAAUGCGACUAUUUUGGAGAACCACUACAGAGGUAUAUCUGCUGCCAUUGAUGGUUCUAAGCUGGCGAUUUUAACUGAAAAUUCCAACAAUAUCGUAAACAUGGUUUCAAGAAUUUAUGACGAAAUCCAAAGUGCAGUAAAAAUAACUUCAAACGCCAACAAAGAUGUCAGCGUGCGUUUCAGUUCUUCAUGUCCUGGAUUUAUCAAUGGGAGUGAAAGUGGAUACUGUAACGUUACCUUGGGACACACUAUAGAUUUUACUGUGACCAUAGAACCCUUGGAAUGUAACCCAUAUGAUAAUAACAAGCGAAUCAUCGAGAUCAAACCUGAAGGUUUGAAGGAUAGUUUGACCAUAGAGCUGGAAGUAUUCUGUGAUUGUGAUUGUGCCAAAUCCAAAGAACUUUCAGCUACCACUUGUUCAAGCCAAGGUGAUUUUGAAUGUGGAAUUUGUAUUUGCCACGAUGGGUGGUUCGGUGAAAACUGUAAAUGUGGCAGAAUGGCUGAUGGUAGUGAGGAUGUCGCUUCCUGUAUCAAGCCUGAUGGAACUAAUAAAAUAUGCUCUGGUCAAGGCAAAUGUAUUUGCGGAAAUUGCAAAUGCAAAUCUAGGCAGAACGAGAACGAGCAUAUUUAUGGGAAAUAUUGCGACUGCGAUGACUUUUCCUGUCCUCUCAAAUGUUCAGGCAAAGGAAAAUGCGAUUGCGGAAAAUGCAUUUGUGAAAAAGGUUGGACUGGAUUAGGUUGCGACUGUUCUACUGAAACCAGUCAGUGUAUCGAACCAGGUACCAAAGAAAUUUGUUCUGGACAUGGAGACUGUGUUUGUGGUCAGUGCCAAUGCAGGGAAGGUACUGAACGAAGAUCGGGAGCUUUCUGUGAAGAUUGUACCAGCUGCUCAGCACAAAGAUGUGAUGAAUUCAGGCCCUGCAUCGAACACCUCAUACUAGACGAGAAAAAUAACACUUUUAAUAACAAUUUUAACAUAUCCGAAAAAUGUGGAAACCUGGACAUCCAACUGGUGGAUGCUUUAGAAGAAACCUUGCCAGAAGGAGCUAAAAGAUGUCGGAAUUUAGUCGAUGGCGAUUGUACCAUUAAUUUCAUGUACAGCUACGAUGAUCAGACUAUAAUGCUGACUGCUGAAAAGAAGAAAUCAUGUCCAGAACCACCAAACAUACUGGGGCUAAUCAUUGGCAUAGUUGGUAGCAUAAUACUAGCGGGCAUAGUAUCACUAAUAAUUUGGAAAUUAGUGACCACGAUACACGACAAAAACGAAUACGCCAAAUUCGAGAAAGAGCGCGAAAAUAUGAAGUGGAGCAGACACGAAAAUCCCCUGUAUAAACCUGGAACUAGUACUUUUACCAAUCCUCAGUAUGGCAGAAAUAGCCAAAGGCAGUCGGUUAAAUAUACCAAAGAAGGUGAUCAGUUAAAAAUGGACAAAGAACCCAAAGAGACAGAAACAGAUGAUCAUAUGGAUUCAAAAUAACUCAAAAAAGACUUUUUGAAUGUGAAAAAUCAAGUUUUUUUACUACUGUAUCAAAUUGCAGGUGCCUUACUUAUUUAUAUUUAGAAAAUAACAGAAAUAAAUUCUUUUUUUAUCUUUUGAAAAUGAAAAAUAAUA